GGCAGAAAAGAUCAGAAGGAGUGGAAGCGCAACCCUUUGGGAGACUCGUCGACCAAAACCCUCAAUUCGCCUGGCUCCGGGGAAAUCUUUUUACUCUUUUCCCGACUGAGCCUCAACCGGAACUCGAGUGCCCUAGGCCUGGUUUGACGCCGGACUGGAAAAGCAGAUGGACCCACACGAAGGAAGUGGAGUACCCGGUCGGGAAAAGCGGAGACUCAGGUGGAAAUCACUCGCGACUGCCGGUGGAGAGGCCAGCGGGCACCGGCGGGUUGUUGGCGGGUCCGGGACGUGAGAGGGCCACACAGGCCUAGCAGGUGGAAUUGAGCUAUUUGCUGAAGCUUCUUUCCCUCAUAGCUCAGAGAGAAAUUUACAUUUGGACAUUAUCUUACCAUGGCUUUGGUUCACAAGUUUCUGAGUGGCACUUAUAUGUUCAGAAAAUGCCCAAAGCCAGGUGUUGCCUCAUGUCCAUUUUUGGGUACUCGCUUUGUAGACUAUUGUUCUAGUAGUCUUCAGAAACCCGUGGCUGGUCCUGGUAAAAACUCCUCUGAAGGAGAUUUGCAAGGACAUCACCAGAGAGAAGUUGCUUUGAAUAUAACUUCUCCAGAGGAGAAAUCCGAAGUUAGUUUUGAUAAAGCAAUUAAAGACGAAAUAAAGAGCCAUUUUAGGCGUUUGAAGGAUGAUAUUGUGAAUUAUUGGAUAGGCCCUGAAGGCCGCCCUCUGCAUGAAGUCUUGCUGGAACAAGCCAAGGUCGUCUGGCAAUUCCGUGGAAAAGAGGACUUAGAUAAGUGGAUAGUGACUUCUGAUAAGACGAUAGGAGGCAGAAGUGAAGUGUUCCUGAAGAUGGGUAAGAAUAAUCAGAGUGCACUGCUGUAUGGAACUCUGAGCUCUGAGGCGCCUAAGGAUGGGGAAAGUGGCCGCAGUGGGUACUGUGCAAUGAUAUCCAGGAUUCCAAGGGGCCCUUUUGAGAGAAAGAGGUCUUAUGAUUGGUCCCAGUUCAACACUCUGUAUCUCCGUGUGCGUGGAGAUGGUCGGCCUUGGAUGGUGAAUAUCAGAGAGGACACGGAUUUAAUCCAGAGGAAGAAUCAGAUGUAUAGUUACUUCAUGUUCACCCGUGGGGGGCCCUACUGGCAGGAGGUCAAGAUUCCUUUCUCCAAAUUUUUCUUCUCUAACCAAGGAAGAAUCCGGGAUGCCCAGUACCAGCUUCUGCUUGACAAGAUCUCUUCUAUUGGAUUCACCCUGGCUGAUAAAGUGGAUGGUCCAUUCUUCCUGGAAAUAGAUUUUAUUGGAGUUUUUACUGAUCCAGCCCACACAGAAGAAUUCGCCUAUGAAAAUUCUCCAGAGCUUAACCCAAGACUUUUUAAGUAGACAUGUGAAACAAAUUUGAUGUCAUCUACCUGAAAUGCACAGGAAGCAGUAAAGCUUUGAGCCCUUGUCCUCGAUUAUACUUUGGAGCUCUUCUUACCUGACGUUCAUUUUAGUUGCUGAUAGAACAGGACGCUUGGCGGAGCCCUUCCCGCACACGGUGCUGCGGCCUGCGGCCCCUGAGGGCCGGCCGUGCGGGCGGUGCUGGCUGGUAGGAGUACAAGCCACAGGGAGCCUUCCCCGGAGAGGAACUGGGGUCACUACCAUUCCCUUAGUGACAGGAGGCUUCUGAAGAAAGAUGACCACAGCCUUGUUCAAGUUUGGCUUUGCAGACAGUACUGUCUCACCACCCCCAUUCAUUCCUCUGUUCCAUUCCCCCCCCUUUUAUUAAAAUGUUUUAUUUAUUUUUGA